CUCGAGGGAUAGCCUCAGCUUCAUUGUCGAACAUUGCGCCGCGCAACCCCGCCUGCGCCCUUGCCGUAUCUACCACAGCCUUGUAGCUGCUUCUAUCGCGCCCCGGAACUAUCACAAGACCAAAGCAGAAGUGCAGAGGCUGCGGGUCCACGCGACCUGACCAUCCCCCAUGCCCGCUCCAUCCCUCGACUCCGCCGACUACGAUCCCGUCGAUCACCUCAACGCCCUCUUCACGCACCCGUCCACCCUCCAAUCCGUCCAGCACACCUCGGCCACCCUGCGCGCAUAUCAAGAUGACCUCGACGAGGACAUUGCCGCCUUCGUGGCCUACCAGACCACAUCAGACGCCGACAGCGUCCAGCGCAUACAAGACGCAAAGGCCGAGCUCGCCGACCUCUUCAAGAAGAUCGAGAGCGUGCGCGAGCGGGCUAUGCAGACCGAGCAGACCAUCACCGAGAUGACGGCCGACAUCAAGCGCCUCGACAACACGAAGCGCAAUCUCACACUGUCCAUGACCGCGCUGAAGCGUCUUCAGAUGCUCACCACCGCGUACGAACAAUUGCGGAGCCUGAGCAAGAGCAGGCAGUACAGAGAGUGUGCGAGCUUGCUGCAGGCUGUGCUGCAGUUGGUCGCGCAUUUCAAGAGUUAUAGGAGCAUAGACCAGAUUGCAACACUGAGCAGGAAUGUGGCAGAUCUGCAGCGCGAGCUAUUGGAGCAGGUCUGCGAGGACUUUGAGGUUGUGUUUGCAAAAGGAGAGGUUGGAACGAGGAGGGGUAUGCUUACUGAGGCGUGCCUGGUUAUCGAUGCGUUGGGCGAGCAUGCGAGGACUAGGCUCAUCAACUGGUACUGCAAUACUCAAUUACGAGAGUACCGGCAGGUAUUCCGUGGGAACGACGAGGCCGGCUCGCUCGACAACAUCUCAAGACGGUACUCGUGGUUCAAUCGCAUGAUGAAGACGUACGACGUCGAGCAUGCCGCAAUAUUCCCGUCAUACUGGAAAGUAAACGAGAUGCUAGCCAACUCAUUCUGCGAGGGCACGAGGGAUGAUUUUAAAGCCAUACUACAGCGUUCGAUGCGGAGAGGAGAUGGACAGACGCUGGACGUCGACCUGCUUCUAUCUUGUCUACAGGAAACACUCAAUUUUGAGCACAACCUUGAACAGCGCUUCUCGACCGGAUCACGAUCAUCAAUGGACACGAUGGCGUCUAAAGAUGACAAGCCGCACGGCUUUAGUCAGACAAUUUCGGAGGCCUUUGAGCCAUACAUGCGGCUUUGGGUCGAAUCUCAGGAUAAACAGCUGGCCACACUGAUCCCGAAAUAUCGACAGCAACCGCUUCGCAACGAUGAAGAAGAAUUCUCGGCGCAAGCUGUCAUUCCUUCAUCGACAGAGUUGUUCCAUUUCUACCGCAUCACUCUAGCUCAGUGCGCAAAGCUCUCCAAAGAGUCAAGCUUGCUGGAGCUAUCAACAACUUUCGCCAAAUAUCUCGAUCAGUACAGCCAACAGGUACUCUACUACUUUCUCAGCGAGAAGUAUGGCGCACAGGGCCCUUCCAUGGAGGAUGCUGUAUUAAUUCUCAAUACGGCUGACUACUGCUAUGCAACCUGCAACCAGCUCGAAGAGAAAAUCAAGUCUCGUAUCGACGAAGAUCUGCGCGAGAAGGUUGACCUACAAAACCAAGCCGACGCAUUCAUGGGCAUCGCGUCUGCUACUGUGCGUGUCCUCGUCCGCAAAGUUGAACUCGCCUGUGAGCCCAGCUGGCGCGAAAUGCGCAACACGCCGUGGUCGAAACUGGAAAGUGUUGGCGAUCAAAGUACUUACGUCGCGGAGCUGUUGCGCCAAGUCAAAGGAAAGUCAUCUGAGACUUUGAAAUGUCUGCACAAGCAACAGUACGCGAGAGCAUUCUGCGACGGGCUCGUCGACCAGAUGGCUACGACUUACAUUGGGAACAUCGUGCAGAGCAAACCCAUCAGCGAAGUCGGCGCAGAGCAGAUGUUGCUCGACUCUUACGUGUUGAAGAAAGCUUUCACAGAAAUUCCUGUGGUGAACGAAGAACCAGGCACUGCACCACCUGCCACCGAGUCCAGCUUCGUCAAACGCGCCCAACUUACAAUGUCCAAAAUCGAUCCCCUCCUUAAAACCCUCCAGGUUCGCCCUCACCCGCCCGAAGCUCUCGUCCAAGCCUACCUCAUCCACAUUGCCGAUAAAUCCGACACCAACUUCCGCAAGAUCCUCGACCUCAAGGGUGUCCGUCGCGCCGACCAGUCCGUCCUCAUGGAUCUCUUCAACGCACACAAGUCCUCGUCUUCCCACGAGAAUCUGCCCGCGAACUCCACACUGCUUACGCCGCUGCAAAUUGGCAGUGGUGGACACGGCACAGGAAUAGGGAGUCUAGGCAAUGCGGGCAGCGUGAUGACCCCGAACCUGGGGGGUGGAAGAUUUGAUCCUGCGGGUUUGGGUAAUGCGAUGUUGGGGGCGGUUAGAGAGGGUGUGGACCGGUUUGGGAGUCCGGCGCCAGGGCAGGAAGGGAGCGGGGUCGGGGAGAAGGAGGGGCAGACGAAGCUAAAUGAGAAUUUGAAGAAUAUUGGGAAGUUCUUUAGAAGAGAUGUUGGGGGUUUUAGGGGGUUUGGGAGGAGCGAUGAGGGAAGGUAG